AUGGACGCAGACCUCGACGAGGCCAAGGGCGCCAACGCCAAGGGCGACGAUGUCCGGCUGGGCGAUUCGAGCGGCGCCACGGCGCGGAGGCAAAUGUCUGUCGGAUGGUUGAGUGAUCUGCUUACGACCUUCGCCGCCUUUACCAUGUUUUUAGGUCCUGGACUUACCGCGGCUUUUUAUAUCGUCACGGUCGGGUACUACGAGAACAAGUUUAAGACGAAGCUCUUUUUCAUCGUCAUGCUGCUCGCCACGUACGGGCCUUUCCCGGUGGUCGCGGCGUUCCAGGCCGCCUUCGACGCCCAUUUCGACAGGGUGUUCACCACGCAGGUGACCUACGCCACCCGGAUUUUCAGCGGCUUGAUGUGCAUUCAAUUUUUGGUGGUAGUGUGGAUGUUCGUGCCCGCGACGGAAGGUGCGGUGGUCUGCAUUGGCUUCGCUCUAGGAGCGAGUUGCUGCGUGGUCCAGGCCUCGGGGCACCAGAUGAUAUCCGCCAUCGACCCCACGAAACUCGUCUUUUCGGAGCUGGGAGGUCAGAUUGGCUCGGUGGUCCCCAUCGUGAUGAUCUCGCUCCUCGACUUCAAGCCGAGCGCGACCCCGCCAGAGUUCCGGCGGUUCAUCGCGACGCCUGUCUUUGUCAGCUUCUUUGCCAUGGUCGUGCUGAUGGUGCUGCACUUGAGAGGCUUCUUUCACAAGGCCUACCUCGGACUGGCGCGCGACCUCGACGAGGACGACCUGCCAGAGGCCGCCGAGGAGGCAGAGCGCGUGCGGCAGACCUCGCACCAGGCGGCGGUGACGAGGCUCCUCGACGAGCCCAUCGAGUUCAGCCACAGGGCCUUGUCGAGGCAGGCCACGCCGGAGGCGGAGCCCUCGUCGCCGGUGGUGCGCACCUUCUCCACCACGCGGCGCUCCGUGCCUGGCUGGGUGUACAGGUGGCAGGCCUGGAAGGGCUUCACGACGCUGCUCAUGGCCAUGGUGUCCCUGGCCGGCUUCUACGGGGACCCCGCGUACACGCAGUUUCUAGCGUCGAUCAAGCUGGCGUCGGACUUUGUGGGUAGGGCGUCCUCCCUGCCACUGGUCAGGUCGUCGUACUUCGCCUCUGGGCCGUGGCAUCGGUUCCUCGCGGCGACGGUGGUGGCUCGGGUGCUCAUGGUCGCCGUCAUGGUCGCCCAGCUCGGGGCCGACGUCGUGCCGAAGCCAGUCUUCAUCGCCUUGUGGUGCAGCUUCAGCAUGCUCGACCGCAUGGUGGCGACGUUCGCCGACGUGACCUGCGGCGCGUUCGUGGAGGUGAGGGACCGCAGGUUCGUGUCCCGGCUGACCUUCCUCUUCGGGUUCGGGGGCUUGAUCCUGGGCCUCUGCGUCUCCGCCCUCGUCGCGGUGCCGAUGGAGCGCCACAUGGACAAGAUGGGCAAGGUGCUGCUGGACAUGGGCAGCCCGCCGGCGGGCUCCGACCUGAGCCUGCCGUCGGUGAGGCCCGCCUUCCGGGCCGCCGCGAGGCUGCACGCGUCCCUGCAGCCGCGGUGA